AUGGCCCACAACGAUAUUGAGCCAGUCGCCAAACUAGGCCUCAGUCUUGCAAGCUCCCUGCAAGUACAGUCGGAAGCCAACAGAAGAGCCCGACAAAGGCUUCCGAAGCUGAUCAAUUUGAUCAACUCGACUGCCUUGACAUUAACAAAAGUCGAUGAUCUGGUUCAAGAAAAUCCAGAUGUCUUCACAAAGCCAUGCUUGGAAGAUAUCACGGGCCUCACAGUCACGUGCGAAAAGAUCUACGUCGGCAUUCUGAUCAUGUUGGUACGGCAGACAGAGAAUAUGGUUGGCGACAAGUACAUCAAUGAGAUCCCGCGGGAGGAGACGGGGAAGUAUCUGCAGUGCAUCGCUCACACCACUGUCUGGCGUUACGAGUCUUGGAAGUUGCUCGAGGUUCAACUCAAAUACUUUCGGCACCGGUUGACGCAGAUCAAGUUUGAACUCAUGCUACGGUAUCUUCUGGGCAGUAUUGCGCAGUACCAGAUUCGGUCACAGACCCGAGUCCCAGGUAGCUUUGAGACCGAGCUCACAUUCCGACACCUGGCAGGGCAAGUGGCCAGCCAACGAGCAGGUCACUACAAAUAUUGGUCCAAGAAGGUCGCCAAAUGGACCAUCGUCGCUCCGCCAGUACUUUCUAUCGACGUUUCCAUCUCAGAUGCUAACAGCACUUGCACUGUUUCAAGUACUCCUACCAUUGCGGUUGAUACAAAGGUAGAGGAUGCCAAGCCUGUUGAAAUCAUGCCCACUCCAACACCGGCGUUAGAACAAUCCAAGGACACUGAGGUAUCGGCUGAUACCAAUGAGGAGACCACCAACAAACUAGUACCGGUCGAUCAAGAGCCGACCAACGUAAACGGCUCAAGUCUUAUGGCUGCUACCAGAAACUGGAUCAAACGGAAUCUCAUGCCACACGAGGAGUGGAAGGACCAAGACCUUGAAGUUUGGCAAAUCAAUCUUGGCGCGCACUUCGAUUCCAACAGCACGCCAACUAAGACGUUCAAACGGCUUGAACUGGACGAUAAACAUGUCAGGACUGCGCUAUCAAAGGCGACCUCCAAGUUCAGAUGGAGAAAGCGUCCAGAACUCAUAGAACAGUAUGACUCACUCGAUCAGCGAGUCCGCCAACGAAUCGACGAGGCUAUCGACGAGGCCAAACAAUCAAGCCCGAGGGAACGAAUUUGGAUUGCCAUGUCAAUCGCCAGUCCUCCAGUCAGGAACAGACCCGAGGCUGUUGUUCAGGCUGAUGCUUCCAUCUCUCUUUUCUUCCGGCUUGGUGAAGAGAUAGAGCCUAUUCACGUUUUUGAACCACUCUCGGGGAAAAAGCUCACCUUCCCGUAUGCUGCAUGCAAGGAUCUCAAAUUGCUGCGUAAAAGACUCUCUGGUCUCAGCUUGGGAUAUCCCGCAACAAUGAUCUUGAAAGAUGGAAAGUAUUUCUUUUACACCGAUGACGGAACUGUCAUUUUACCUGAAGCAUGGGAAUCACUACGCCGUCCGGGCAUGACUCUGAAGAUUCAAAAUGUCGGCACACCUAUACCAUCAGGAUUCGGUGGCCCAACGACGUUCAAUCGUCCGGGUAUGUUCCCGCCUACUAUGACUCGGCCCACGAUACCUGUUGGACCUGGUGGUAAACGUCCUCCUGCAAGCACCACUACUUCUGACAGUUCGUCGACACGUUCUCGUGCUUCUCUGACUAUGAAGCAAUGCCACAGCGAGAUAGAGGAGUUGCUUCGACUUUCCGACUCAUGGUCUCCUGACCCGGACACAUUCAGCAUUGGCCUGGGCAGACUUCUUGGCUUGUGGACCAAUGCUCUUGAUCCGCAUGCCGAACUUGUAUCAGAUUCAGAUUCAGAGUGGAAUUGUUCGACGGGAGACUCUGACUCUGACUCCAGCAGCCGCAACAUAAGCGACUAA